AUGCUGGCUGUACAGUCUCUGCGACGUUCUGCACUGCUGCCUAGAGCUUCUCGUAUUCGCAGCGUCCACCUUCACCUCGUCAAUAUCGCUUCACGGCCUUUUGCAACGUCGACGACAGCUCUGGACGCGAAAGACCCGACUCUGGACGCGGCGUACGUGCGACACGGUUGCACUGAUGCUUCGAGUGCAUCUAGACAGUACCCGCCAACCAACUUACUACCCGACCGGGUCUCUGGCUGGCCGUCGCCGUGGAUUACCGCAGAAGAUUUCGGACGCUAUAUGGGCGUGUUGUACGGUAGCGGUUGGAGCAUCCACUUCUCUUCUGCCCACUCAAAACCCACCAAGUCACAUCCUUCCCGAGUCGUACCCGAACUGUUCAAGAUGUACCACUUUGACAGUGAUGAAUUUGCUGCGAAGUUUGUCGAGGAUUUGAAGGAGCUCAUGUCGGAGGAGAAUCAUCACUGCGUUUUGCGCGUCGCCAAUACACAGGUCACCAUAUAUACACAUACCCAUUCUGCUCGGCCGGCUUUGGGGUCCAAGAACGCACCUGGGAUCACGCUACGAGAUGUCCGAUUCGCCAUGCUUGUCGAUUUAUUACGUUCAACUGAAUCCGUCGCAAGAGAUGCAGGGGAUACAUCCUCAGGUCAUGUCCAAUUCCCAAACUUGACUUGGGAUGAAUAUCAACACUCUAUCCGAAUCACUAUGGCGCCGCCGGGUGGGGUGUAG